CUUAUUGCGUUGUUACAGUUUGUAAACUACUGUUUACUUGCUUCUCUACUCUGUCUUAUAACAAUCAUUUAAAAUCAUUGUUUCUUAGAUACAUAGGUAAUUUAUGUUGUUCUGCUGAUAAUCACAUUGUUAAGCUCUAGACACUUACGACAGACUUGUGUUUAUAAUUAGAGUUUCAUACGUUGCUACAAUCAUAUUUAUUUAGAAAUACCUAGUAAUAUAAUUGGAAAUGAAUUUUUGACUUACAAUUAUGCACGUAAGUGCGACUGUACCACACUUGAUAAGAACACAAGGGUAUAUAAAGUACGAAGAAGCUGUAAUAAACAGAGCAGUGUAGGAAAGGGAGUAAUUAUAUGGAGAAUAAUGAGGGUUUUUAAGACAUCGGUAUGGUUAUAUACGUUUGGCAUCAGUUCUGAAUUUCAUAUUUGUGACAAAAAUACGAAUCCAGAAACAGUAAAACGUAAGUUUCAUUUAAGAAAGUAAGAAUUGGUGAAUAAUUUUGAUUUGCUUCCUCUUAAAUUAUCAAGACAUGGAUGUAACCGAAAAUAUGUUGUUUGAUUAUUUUUAUUGAUAUCAAAACAGGUAUCGAGUAUUCAGUAUGGCAGCAGAAGAUGACUGGUCAAAACUGCCUACUUUGGCUAAGGUGCAGCAUAAGCUUUGGAAUGCUCGGAUGGCGGGAUAUGAAGAAGCUUUAAAAAUAUUCUCUACAGAGACGAAUGAAAAAAGUCCUAUUUUCAAUGAAUAUAUUGGAUUAAUGAAAAAAAUUGUAACCGAUCCCCAUGCUGUAGCUCAGGAGAAAGCUCUGGAAGUUGUUUUAGCGUAUAUCGAAGUUGCUGCAGUGGCUACAAAUCUUUUUGGUUCAACUGUAGUUUCGGUGAAACCUCUUUUUAAAGAGUUUGGUCGGCUCCUUGAUGAUCGAGACCAAGGCGUUAGAAAUGAGACAAAAAAUCUUAUUGUUGAAGUCUACAGAUGGGUCGGGGCUGGUACAAAAGAUCUGUUGAAAGAUAUUAAACCGGUUGUGAUGAACGAGUUAAAUGAACUAUUUAGCUGUAUUCCACCUGAGAAACCUGUCAGACUACGCUAUUUACGCAGUCAGAAACCAAAAGAAACUAUUUCAGGUGAUGUUGUUGAAAACACCUCUGAACAGGUAGCUGCUUCAAAUGAAGCCCCAACUGAAGUUGAUCUGAGUGAUAUGAUUGCUCCAUCGGAGGUCCUUAGUAAAGUCCCCAGUGAGUACUGGCAACAAAUAACAGAAAAGAAAUGGCAAGAUCGUCGUGAUGCUCUGGAGGCACUUGAGAAGAUUACAAACGUUCCGCGCAUCGUACCAGGCGAUUUUUCCGACCUUGUUAAGAGCUUACUGCAGGUUGUGAAUAAAGAUACCAACAUUAUGUUGGUAGCUCUUGCAGCUAAAAUUUUGGGACAAUUAGGAAGAGGACUAAAAUCUAAGUUUAGUCCAUAUUCUCAACAAACUGUACAAGCUUGUUUAGGCAAGUUCAAAGAAAAGAAACCCAAUGUUGUUCAAGCCCUAAGAGAAGCUGCCGAUGCCGCAGUCUCCUCAGCGUCUUUGGAUCAUUUCGUAGACGAUAUUGUAGAGGCGUUGAGUCAUAAAACGCCUAGUGUACGUGCAGAAGCAGCCUUGAUUUUAAGCAGAAUAUUCAGGAAAUGUUCUGCCUCUUCGUUGAACAAAAAGCUAUUAAAAUCGUUUACUGUCCCUCUGUGUUUGACUUGCAAUGAUACUGUUCCUGAAGUACGUGAAAAUAGUUUUGCUGCUCUUGGUGCUGCAAUGUUCGUUGUAUCGGCAAAGGUCAUACAACCAUUUCUUAGUGAACUGGAUCCGAUUCGAAUGGCGAAAAUCAAUGAAUGUUGUGAACAGAUAGCUUCUGAAGUUGGCAGUUCUAGUAAUUCUGCUGCUCAGCCAACUAGUACUGCGAAGAAUACUUCCGCAUCGGCAAAGCCUGGUGAUGCGCCGCGCCGUGCAGCACCGCCAGUUACUCGUCCAAGCACUGCUCCUGGCAAUGCAGGUCAGGCUACGACAGAGUCUACUACAAAAGAACCCUCAGCUUCCGGACCACCUAGUAAAAAACCAACUGCUCGUGCAAAAUCUGCUGCAUCGACUUCAGAUAAAUCAAAACCUGGAAUCCCCACAGAAAACCUACUAACAGAAGAUGAAAUAUCUCAGAAAGCUUCUGAACUUCUUGGUGAGGCAACUAUAAAGCAGAUGUCUGAUACAAAUUGGAAAGAACGUCUACAAGCCGUUGAACAACUGAAGUCCAACUUCCAGUCUUCCACUUCUUCUGGUGUACCUACACAAAUUUUGUGCCGCGCUGUGCUACUUAAGCCAGGAAUUAAGGACACUAAUUUUCAGGUUCUUCGUAUUCGUAUUGAAUAUAUCAAUACAGUUCUGUCUUCGAGCACAUCGGUCACCUCGAAUCUCGCUGAUUUACUUGUACAAGAGUUACUGGAUAAGGUUGGUGAUGUCAAAGUAGGUGACAUUGUAAAAACUACACUAACAACACUAGCUGAGAAAACUAGUCUGGAGUUAGUAGGUGGUUGUGUAAUGCGUACACUUUUUCAACUAAAAAAUCCACGUAGUCAAACAGAAGGUUUGGUUUGGUUGAAUCAAAGUGUCCAGGAAUUCGGAUUUCGUAUUCCGCCUCAAGAAGUUGUACCACUACUGAAAACUGGUCUAAAUGCGACUAAUCCAUCUGUUCGACAGAAUUCCCUAACACUUGCUGGAACUAUUCAUUUAUUUCUUGGAGAACGUCUAGUCAAUUUGUUAUCAGAUGAGAAGCCUGCCGUGGUCACGUUAUUGAAUGCAGAAUUCGCAAAAAAUAAAGAUCGUACACCUCCUGCCCCCACACGAUGUUCUGCAACUCAGGCACUUCGGAAAGAUUCAGUAUCAGCUGAAAAUGGUGGAACGGAGGGAGGAUCGGCUAAUGUGGAGGCUAUUCAAGAGGAGGAACCUGAUGUUGAUGCACUGCUUCCAAAAACGGAUAUCAGGGAUCGUUUCACACCUGAAUUAUUAGGACUUUUAACAAGUAAAGCCUGGAAAGAACGUUUGGAAGCCUUGAAUACUAUUGAAAAGUUCUUAUCUCCAUCCAUGAUGAUUGAUGGUUCAAAUGGGAAACUUCAAGAGCCAUUGACUGCUAUUGCUAAAGCUGCUAACGAUGUAAAUAAAAAUUUAGCUAAACAAGCCUUGGGAAUUUUAUCCUCAUUCGCUUCAUCAUUGCCAAAAUCAGACGCUGUAAACUAUAUAAAAUAUACAGAGCCACCUAUUUUAAUCUGCCUGGGUGAUUCUAAGGUUCACAUACGCGAAGCAGCAGUGACUGCACUUACUUCAUGGCAAGCUCGAGUUCCUAUUUUAUCAAUGUUUGAAAAUGACAUGUUAGCUGAUGCCUUGAAAAUGGAAAAUCCUUUUCUGCGAACAGAGUUGCUUCGUUGGCUUCAAAGCGCUUUAUCACCGAUGCCGCUGAACGCCUUGAGAAAAAAUGCUGCAGAGAUAUUAGACAAUUUAAUGCCUCAGGUAUUCGCCUGUAUUGAAGACCGUAAUGCGGAAGCUCGUAAGCAAGCCCAAUCAGUUCUUCCUUCUCUAAUUCAAGUUUUCGGCUGGGAACCGAUAUCCAAAUGUGCCAAAAGUUUAAAAUCUACAUCAAAAGAUACAGUCAUGUCACAUUUGGAGAAAGCCCGCGAAAGUGUAGCUGCUUCACAUCCUUCUUCUGUAGCGGAGAAAAAGCCAACCUCUUCACCCAAAGCAGUGCGUGGUGGUGGCAGUGCUGCUAGUGCACGUCCACAGUCGUCAAAUUCCUCAGCAGUAACUGCAACAGAUAAUGGUGAAGAGUCUGAAAGUACUACACAAUCUUCAAACACAACUUCCAAAUCUGGUUCAGAGGCGAAGAAAAAGACUGACAGUAAAAAACCUACCAGUGCUACGAAAAAGGCUAUUGUUGAACAGCCAAUUGCAUCUGUCAUUCUACAAUCAAAUAAGACAGCUAGAGCAGCCAGAUUAGCUGAUGAGAAAAAGCGCAAGCUUCUGAAAUGGGAUUUCGAUUCUCCUACGAAAGAUCAUGUACAACAGUUGAAUACAUUAUUCAGUGCAGCAGGUGCUUCCCCUGAAUUCCAUGCUCUUUUAUUCCAUACAGAUUUUCGACAACAUAUUAAAGCAAUUGACCAGCUUUCUCAACUAUUAGAUACACCUGAAGGUGCAGAAGCAACUUUGGUAAAUGUGGAUAUCAUCUUGAGAUGGAUUGUUCUUCGAUUCUUUGAAACUAAUCCCGUUGUUUUGGGAAGAUGUAUGGAUUACUUAACAAAAUUAUUUGUUCAGAUGUCAGAAUCUGGAGCAAAUCUUUCUGAACAUGAAGGUGGUUCAUUUCUGCCUUAUUUGGUAAUGAAAGUCGGUGAUCCAAAAGAUAUGAUUCGUCAAAGUAUUCGUGGAAUAAUGAAACUUGUAGUUAAUCUCUAUCCACCUAGUCGCCUGUUCACCUAUCUAACAAAUGGCAUCAAAGCAAAGACAAACAAAACAAGGCAGGAAUGUUUGGAUGAAAUGGGUUCACUGAUUGACCGAUUUGGACUGAAUGUUUGUCAGCCGUCUGUCCCUGUAGCAAUCAAACUUAUUGCUCAACAAAUAGGCGAUCGUGAUAGUGGGGUUCGAUCAGCUGCUUUAAAUUCCCUACUAUCUGCUUACGCUAUCGUUGGUGAACAGUUAUGGAAAAUAAUCGGUGACAUCCCUGAGAAAGAACGUUCAAUGUUAGAGGAACGUAUUAAGCGCUCUGGCCAUGUACCAGCUCCUGAAAAUUUUGAACCGAAAGCUGUUGCAAGACCAAGCACUGCAAGACGCGAACCAUCUGAUUCUCGUCGCCCUGCAGAACCUGUUCCUCAAGAAUACCACCGUCAGCAACCUGUUUCUGCAGCGCAUGCUAAAGCUCGUGCUAUGUUAAAUGAAUUAGGUGACUUAUCGCCUGAAAAAGCCCCAACCAUGCCUCCACUAAUUCAGUUAGAUGCUGAUAUUAAUGAUCUCUUCCAACCUGUUGAAAUGCCUGCUCUUAAAAAUCAUGCUCGUCAAACAAUCUUAAACGCAUUGCUACGGACAAGCCCUGAUACCGCCUCAGCUAUCACAAUGGUUGUAACAGCCAUAUCUUCAAACGAUUUACUUGUUAGUUGUCAUGCUCUGGCAGAAAUUGAUACUGUUCUAAGGGAUGAGAAGUGGUACCUCCUACUAAACCAUGUCAAUCAAAUUCUAAUGCUCAUUACAAUGCAGUUACGACAGGUUACUUCGAGAUAUUUUGGAGAUCCUUCAGUUACGGAAGAUCAGUUGUGCAAAUUAAUGCAAUCCCACCUUUCCGCUCUUGAAUCUCUUUUCAAUCGUCCAACAUUGGGUCGUGAAGCUUCACGUGAAACAAUAAGAGAAUUAAUUCAGUCAUUGCUUCACAUGAUGCUAGAUGAAAGAACAGUGGAAAUGCCUGUUGGAAAUAACGUCAUCAGGUCGAUCAAUGCACUUUUCGUUCGUAUAUUGGAAACUGCCAACGGAACACGUAUUCUAAGCGCUCUCAUCAGGUUACUGCAUGAGUGUGUCAGUAAUGGACAUUUCACAAAUAGAUUUACUCAAGCUAUCCUGAAGAGUAUUUGGCGUGUUACUAAAGGAAUGAAUACUGCAUGUCCGUCAAUCUUAAAGUUUUUAGAAGAUAUACCUAAUAAGUCGUGUAAUAUAGACCCAUCAUUGUCAUGGUCUGCCAAAGGUUCUCUUAGCAAAAACAAAUGGAUACCUGUAACUCCACAAGCUGCUAGCGGCUUUCUCAUAUCUGAAUAUGACUCACCGUUGAAUUCCACUUGGUCUGUUGAUUUAGAGUUGGAGGAUGAUUGUGGUUCUGAAAAGUCGAAUAUUUCCUUUACUUUACAACCUGAUUAUCAAGAGGAUCAAGGUUUACUGUGUCUUCCAGUGUCUUCAGUUAACGGCACUUUAGAUGAAAUUUACUUAUAUUAUCUAUUUAUUUAUGGAUAUACACCACCUGAUUCGGAUUGUGGAGCACCUCUCACCUUAAAUCUUCCAUCAGUUACUCAAAAUGCAGUUCAUCAACCAAUGAUAGUCGGUCACGCUGGUGCCGGUGUAAGACGUGCACAUUACGGUAAGGGUCAACAAUGGCCUGAAAAUACUAUAUGCGCCUUUCAACGUGCUGAACAACUUGGCGUAAAAAUGGUGGAAUGUGAUGCAACUUUAACAAAAGACUUUGAAGUUGUUUUGCAUCAUAACUACACUCUAGGUGUUGUAGAACAGGUGAGAAAAUGUGAAAGUGAUCCAUCUACCUUCAAAUUAGAACAUAAACCUGAUGGUGCGGUGAACGAAAACAGUACAGAUUUGAUCGUAAAUUAUUCUUUAUCUGAAAUUCGUGAACUGUUAAGCAAGAUUGAUAGACCAGCAAACCUUGACACUGCUAAGGAGAAUAAAUAUCCUCAACCUCUAACUGGUAACGAUCCCACACCAAAUAUUCAUGGCGUUGAAGCUGCACCAGUCCCGCUAUUAAAAGAUGCAUUUCGGCAAACUUCUCCAAAUCUUGCCUUCAAUGUAGAGAUAAAAUAUCCACCGGAGACUCCAUUGAGUAUUAUUAUUGAAGAAUGUAACAAAAACAAAUCGAUAAAUUCUUCUUUACCAACGCCGUACACAUAUUUUUCUAAAAUAAAUAGAUUUUGCGACAAAAUAUUGGACACAAUAUGGUUAAAUGCUGGACGCAGAUACGUCAUUCUAUCUUCUUUCAAUCCAGAUAUAUGCUUAGCCUUGCGACUAAAGCAAUCUUUUCUACCAGUACUGUUUAUUUCACGCGGUGGAAUUCCGUGUGAUAAUAGUCACAGAACAGAUCCUCGACAUCAUAAUAUAUUCUCUGUUAUGAAUUGGGCAGUUAUAAUGAAUUUCAGUGGAAUUGUUACAGUUGGAAAACAUUUUGAUUCGACAAACUGUGUUGAUAAAAUACCACCGAAAUCUUUGACAGAUUUUUUGAACAGUAAACAACUAUCGUGCUUUGUUUAUGGUGAUGGUGUAUCAGAGAUGGAGUUUUUCAGAAAAGCAUCACAAUUCGGCUUGACAGGAGUAAUAGUCGAUAGAUUAGAUGAAUUCAUGCAAGAGUAUAACAAACAUUACAGUGGAACAAGCAACUAAAUCUUAUGAACACAGCUGUCUUUGUGAUUUUAUUGAAGGAACUUUCACACUCACUAUUGAUAAUUUAAAAACACUCGUAAUAUUCACCUGAUUUUCUCUAAUAAAGUGUUAUAGUGACGUAGUA